CCGGCUCCCGCGGUGCAGGGCCGGAGGUCAUCGCUCAGCGGGGUGUGCUACCUGACCAUGGGUCUCCUUGUGCUGCUCCUGGGCUUGGUCUUUGCAUCGAUGUAUGUGUACAGAUACUUCUUCAUCACCCAGCUGCCCCGCGAGAGUGUGUUUCACUGCGGUGUCCUUUACGAAGACUCGCUGUAUUCACCGUUCAAAGGGCAGCUGGAGUUGCACGAAGACGUCAAGAUUUACAUGGAGGAGAACUACGAGCAAAUCAACGUCCCAGUGCCCCAGUUUGGAGGGAGCGACCCUGCGGAUAUCAUCCACGAUUUCCAGCGAGGUCUGACAGCUUACCAUGACAUAACGCUGGAUAAGUGCUACGUCAUUGAGCUGAACACCACUAUCGUGAUGCCUCCUCGCAACCUGUGGGAGCUGCUGGUUAAUGUGAAGAAAGGGACAUACCUGCCUCAGACAUACAUAAUCCAGGAGGAGAUGAUCGCAACUGAGCACGUCAGUGACAUGGAGCAGCUCGGCUCCUUCAUCUACCGCCUCUGCAGUGGCAAGGAGACCUACAGGCUGAAGCGGAGGAGCACGAGGAGACGUAUCAGUCGACGUGAGGCUGAAAACUGUCAUCGUAUUCGUCACUUUGAAAACACUUUUGUGGUCGAAACUGUUAUCUGCAAAAAGUCAUGAAGCCGCUCUCCAGAUGUAACCUUCCUUGGCUUUGCUUGCACACACAUGCUCUCAGCCCUCUCUUUAGACAUGGUAAUCUGUCUUACUUUUUUUACUCCCUCCCUUGCUUGUGCAGCUCUAACCUCUUGGGUCCGUUGUGGCCUCCCAGUGGAUUCUCUUUUCUCCCUGCUACCUACCCGAGACGUUUGCUGGGCUUAAAUUUACACAGUGAUCAAAGAUAGCCUGGGAGUAGAUGCAGCGUCUUC